UCCUUUUGUUUGAAUUGGUGUAAAGGACACCGCGAACUCGCAAAGUGGAUUGACUAUGCACCACUUUAGCCAGCGUGCUAGACCUUGCCGUUACAGAUACAGAAUUUAUACUGAGGAUGGUCGUCAUGUUGAAACUACUGAGGCGUAUUUACAUCGUCGUGACUACGCAGGAAAGUCUGGUGGCCGUAAAUCCAUGGCUCCCAGUAACAAUAUGGAAAUGAUCAGACGUGCUGUGAGUAUGAAUUUAGUAAGUGGGUCGGGAACUUCUGGGGUCACUUCUCAAAACAGCGGUUUGGCUGCAGGAGAGGUGUGGGUCAGAAUUACCGUUGUCAAUGGUGCUAACCAUUCUCCCACCGGCCUUCAGCGAAUAAUUAUUGCAGCUGUCGGGACUCAACUGCGGUUCUACAAUACAUGUGUGGAGGGUAAAAACUUUCUAACGUAUGCCAAAGUUAGACAGAAAGAGGUUCACAAUUACCGCAAAUCUCUACAGAAUGCACGUGAUGCACUUCAAGGCUCACAGUUGAUUACUGACAUUACAAUUGUCCCAGAACCUCGAGUUCCUUCCAUCUCAGAUAAAAUGUCAAGGUCGGAAUCAAUAAACAGUACACCUCUACCAGAAACUUGGAUAGAAGCGUUAAAACAGUGUUUCGUACAACGCUAUCAGCCUAACACACGCACUUUGGAUCUAUCUUCGUUACAUACAGAUCCUGAUCUCCUUAGUCAAGGUCUGUAUUUGCCUCUAAACAAACAAGCCGUUGUCCAUGCUCUAAUUGCUAUUUUGAAACAAAACCAGGCACAGCUCUCAGUACUCAAUUUGUCAAGCAACCGCCUGACCCAUCUGAACGCUUUCUCUCCCUUGUCUUCAACAAGUGCUGGAUGCACUCCUGUAUCAAUUGAGCGCAUAGACCUCAGUUCGAAUCCUUUAAGUGGAAUACCGAUUCUUUCCGGUCUUCGAGACAUUGUUGGUCUAGUCGAACUUGAUUUAACUGAAACUCCACUCUUGUCCAAAUUCCAUCCAAACGACCGAGUGUUUGCAGCUAAACUGCAAAAGAUUUUGCCGACUAUCAAACGCUUGAAUGGACAAGAUUUACCACAGACCGUACAGUUCGCAAUUGAGCAAGGUUCUGAUUCAACUAAACCACAACCGAAACCGCUGCCUCAGUCAAUACAAGGUUAUUUCCCAAAUGAUGAAGUUAAAACAGCUUUGCUAAGUUUUCUGAAACUUUAUCUCAACCGCUAUGACACCCAGCCCCGGGGGGAGAACUUGUUACCUUACUAUACAAGCCUAUCUCAACUUGCUUUCUCCGUGGUUCCUGAAUCUCGUAUUCCCAGUACACAAAAUGUAUCAUUUAAUGCACGUAUAGAGGUAGAGAAUGAGUCGGGUCAACCAACCGUAGCAUAUUUAACAACAUCUCGGCUAACACAACCUUACUUCACGCGGAGUCGCAAUCUUCUUCGUUGUCGAGACGAAAGCAGACGACGUGACAUGGUUGUUCGUGGCAGUUUGGCAAUCGCUUCCUUUUUGGAUGAAUUACCAGCAACAGAACAUCAACUAGAAUCCUUAUCUGUUGAUGUUGCGUUUCAUUCUGAAAACCAAAUGUUGUUCACCUUUGGUGGGGUAUUUUAUGAAGUCGCGCCAAUCGCUUCGUCUGCGAUGACUUCAACUCCCGAAAAGUCUGUUCGCAAAAUACUACGUUGUUUCACACGAACCAUGAUAUUAGCUGCCCCUGGUGGCCAUGUCAUACAGGACGACUUUAUUAUAUCAAACCCAAGUACUUCUCUGUGUAAAAAAUAUAUAACUGAAAUGGCUACAAAAUCUAGAAAAGUGAAUCCAACUCCCACACAACAACCUGCAUCAAAUGUUAAUUUGUCUAUACCUGAUGCUAGAGAGCCUAUUCUAACUGAAUUCAGUCGACGUACUGGCAUGAACAUACCUUUUUCGAAACAGUGCUUAGAAGAAUUCGCAUGGGAUGUGAAUGCUGCUUUCAAAGCUUUUGAAACUAUGAACUCAUCAGGAAAAAUUCCUAUUGAAGCAUUUAUUCCAUGA